AUGUCCAACUACUCGAUUCUCUGCAUUAUGGCGAUUGUGCUCGUGCUGUCCGCCACCGUCAACGCCCAACUGUUCGGUGGAUGGUCGCAGCCCGCGUGGGGAUACAACUCUCAAGGUCGUGUUCUUCGAACAAAAAGAGAAUGAAUGAGCGGCUAUUGUAGGAAUCGGAGUCGAUCAGUACGGCAACACGUUCGAGGGAACCCCACAGAACGGAAUCUAUCUGUUCUGCAACGGACACGGAUGCCCGGGCCGCGGCUGA